AUGCCUUCCCGAGAGGCUUCUCACGCUGGGUCCUGGUACUCAGAUAGUACGCGGACCCUAACUCGCCAGCUGGAUGACUGGCUCGCGCAGGUCCCGGACAGAAUGGACAACGUCGGGUCCCUCCCAGUCCCCGGAGCGCGAGUCAUCAUCGCACCACAUGCGGGAUACUCUUACUCGGGGCCCUGCGCGGCCUACGCAUAUAAAGCACUUGAUUUGACCAAGGCGAAACGAAUCUUUAUCCUGGGACCUUCGCACCAUUGCCCGCUCUCGACGUGCGCCCUGCCUCAAGUCACCUCCUACUAUACCCCGCUCUCGGACGAGCCGCUUCCGCUGGACACGGAGCUAAUCGCCAAGCUCCGGGGAACGCAAGCGAUCAAGCCAAAUGGAAGCACGGUCAGCUUUACCACAAUGACCAAGUCCGUCGAUGAGGACGAGCACAGCAUCGAGAUGCACCUACCUUACAUCCACCGUCUCUUGCAACUACAGCACCCGAAUACCCCAACUGCACAAUAUCCACCGUUGGUCCCAAUAAUGGUGGGCAGCACAUCAGCUGGAACAGAACAAGCUUUUGGUACUUUACUAGCGCCAUAUCUAGCUGAUCCCUCGAACGUCUUCAUCAUCAGCUCAGACUUCUGCCACUGGGGUCUCCGCUUCCGCUACACGUACUAUGUACCGCAAGCCCCCAAGCCGGGACCCAAGCUACCCAUGUCUAGUGAGAUUCUCCCACAGCCAGGAAUGGACUCCUAUGAUGUACUAGAGAGCAUUGACGCAGUCUCGGCCGGGCACGCUUUGCAGCGGCGAGACCGCAUUUCAAAUCAGGAACCCGCCAUUCACGAGAGUAUUUCGGCAUUCGAUAUCGCCACCAUGACUGCAAUCACGACCGGGUCGGCAAGGAUCUUCCUCGAUACUAUUGACCGCACAGGGAACACCGUCUGCGGCCGCCAUCCGAUUGGCGUGAUCAUGGCGGCACUCGAGGUUGUCACGGCCGAUAAGCCGGUAGGCAAGCAGGGCCAAUUCCAUUUCCUGCGGUAUGAACGUAGCUCCGACGCGGUGGAUGUGAAUGACAGCUCUGUGAGCUACGUCUCUGCAUUGGCUGUUCUUUAA